AUGGCACGCUCAAAACUUCUGCAAGAGGCUGUGGUAAUCCUCGGGGCUGGUACUCAAGGCAGACGUUUAGCCUACAUGUGGUCCAGUACUGGCAAGCCUGUGCAUUUGAUUGACCGGCAAGACAAACAACUCUCAGAAGGCGUCGAAUACGUCCAGCAACUGCGCGCAUCACCAACUGCUAUUUCUAAGAACUGGGGAAAAAUUACCACCUCUUCACCUCAUGGCUUGAGUACAGCGUUGAAAAACGCGUGGUUGGCAAUUGAGUGCGUCCCGGAGAACAUCGAAUUAAAGCGAACGGUUAUCGGCGAACUUGAUGCUUUGGCUCCAGAGCAGACCAUAAUUGCCUCUAAUUCGAGCAGCUAUGUGAUCAGUGAAAUCAUCGAAACUCUGUCUCUUAAUCACUCGUCCCGAGUCUUGAGCGCUCAUUGUUAUUGGCCACCGGAGACUCCAGCGAUUGAGAUUAUGGGACACGAUGAGACCGAUCCAUCAAUAAUUGAAUUUAUGCUCGAGCGAUGCAAGGGGCAUGGUUUCUCGCCUUAUCAUGUCAAAUCUACAUCAAUCGGAUACAUCUAUAACCGAAUCUGGGCGGCCAUUAAACGAGAAACUCUCCUUGCGCUUCAUGAGGGUGUCGCAACCCCAAAAGAGAUUGAUGCCAUUUUCAAAGACGUCUUGAAAACACCAAGAGGACCAUGUGAGCUAAUGGAUGUUGUUGGGCUGGAUGUUGUGCUGGACAUUGAAAAACACUAUGCAGACUCGCGAAAGGGUCUUCCUAUUGAGCCUCGAGAGUAUCUCCAUACCAUGAUCGAGAACGGUAAGCUUGGAUUGAAGAAUGGCAGAGGAUUUUAUGAUUACGGUUCGUGA